CAGUCAGUUGUUCAGGCUUAUUAGGGAAAGGGGGAGUAGUCUAACAGCAGGGGAGAGUGUUGCUGUGUGUCAAGUUCAGUAUUGAGGGAUGCGCCUCUCUGGUCUCUAACACGAGUUCCAUCCCUUCUGUGGCCCUUGUCUCCUCCGCUGCGUCCACUCGGAGCCAACUCCAGAACUCGCUCCAUCGGCGGCCCCCCGACCCCACCCCACCCCCCCACACCCCGCUGGCUCCAGACGAGGAGGAUGGAGACGAGCCCCAUCCCGGUGGUGACGGUCCAGACCUCCCCCUUCGAGGACCAGCGGCCCGGGACCAACGGGCUGCGGCGGAAGACGGCCGUGUUCGAGGGCAAGAAGAACUACCUGCAGAACUACAUCCAGAGCCUGCUGUCCUCCAUCGACCUGCGGGACCGACAGGGCUGCACCAUGGUGGUGGGCGGCGACGGCCGCUACUUCAGCCGAGCUGCCACCGAAGUGAUCGUGCAGAUGGCAGCUGCCAACGGGAUUGGUCGCCUGGUUAUCGGCCACAAUGGCCUCCUGUCCACCCCCGCGGUUUCCUGCAUCAUCAGGAAGAUCAAGGCCAUUGGUGGGAUCAUCCUCACAGCUAGUCACAACCCUGGAGGCCCUGGUGGAGACUUUGGAAUUAAGUUCAACGUAGCAAACGGAGGCCCGUCUCCGGAUAUAGUGAUGGAGAGAAUCUGCCAGGUGAGUCGGACACUUGAGGAGUAUGCCAUCUGCCCCGAUCUCCACAUUGACCUCUCCAGGCUCGGAAGACAAGAAUUUGACUUGGAGAACAAGUUCAAACCUUUCAGAGUGGAGAUUGUGGACUCGGUUGAUGUGUAUCUACAGCUGCUGCGAAACAUCUUUGACUUCAAUGCCAUUAAAAGUCUCCUCACAGGACCAGAUCAGCUAAAGAUACACAUAGAUGCAAUGAAUGGAGUGAUGGGCCCCUAUGUACGCAGGAUCCUGUGUGAUGAGUUGGGGGCUCCUGCUAACUCUGCAGUGAAUUGUGUCCCUCUUGAGGACUUUGGCGGCUGCCCUCCUGAGCCCAACCUGACUUACGCCACCACUCUGGUUGAUGCCAUGAAAGGGGGUGAAUUUGGCUUUGGAGCUGCCUUGGAUGCGGAUGGGGACCGGUACAUGAUCCUUGGAGAAAACGGCUUCUUCGUGAACCCAGCUGAUUCAGUGGCCAUCAUGGCUGCCAACCUCUCCGCCAUCCCCUAUUUCAGACAGCAUGGCGUCAAAGGCUUUGCAAGGAGUAUGGCCACCAGCACCGCCCUUGACAGGGUUGCCAAAGCCAUGAAACUGGCGCUUUAUGAAACUCCGACAGGCUGGAGGUACUUUGGGAACCUGAUGGACUCUGGGCGUUGUUCCCUCUGUGGGGAGGAGAGCUUUGGGACAGGUUCGGACCACAUCCGUGAGAAAGAUGGUCUGUGGUCGGUGCUGGUGUGGUUGUCCAUCAUGGCAGCCAGGAAACAGGGUGUGGAGCAGAUCGUCAGAGAGCAUUGGGCCAAGUUUGGACGCAACUAUUUCUGCAGGUUUGACUACGAAGGCCUGGAUCCCCGUGCAGCCUUUUACUUGAUGAGGGAUCUGGAAGCAGUGAUCUCAGACAAAGCAUUCACCAGCCAGAAGUUUGCUGUAGGAGACCACAUGUACAGCGUGGAGAGGGCCGACAACUUCGAGUACAUCGACCCUGUGGAUGGAACAGUGGCCCGGAACCAGGGUUUAAGGAUCAUCUUCACCGACGCGUCACGCCUGGUGUUUCGGAUGAGUGGGAGCGGCGGAGGGAUGGGCGCCACAAUCCGCAUUUAUGCCGAGAACUUCGAGAGAGACCCUGAGAGACACAACAGAGAGACACAGGUGGUGCUGGGUCCUCUCAUCGCCAUCGCUCUGAAGAUCUCCAGCAUCCAUGAGAGGACCGGACGCCGCGGCCCUAACGUCAUCACAUAAGCCUUCGCUGUAUAACUUCAGUUUUCAGUUUUCACUAGAUGACAACUAAACGAAGGGAGCUUACUGCAGGAGUUUAUCUCUGAAAAAGGAAAUUAGCGUCGCACACUAUUGUCUCAACUGUUUGUUGACCACUGUUAUUUGUCAGCUUUUCGAAAAACCUAGCAUGGUGUCAGUGUCUAAACCAGGGAGGCUAUUUAAUUAUCUCCAGGAAAGAAUAAUGAACAAUGUGUAAACGGCAAACAUGUUAUUAAUGUGCAGACUGACCUUUAAUGUUUGUGCCUUGCUUUCAUCGAAACAUAUUGACUGAGCGAGCUGCGGGGAAGUUGUCUGGUUUGUAAUUCACGUUGGUUUUGUAUAACGGUGCAGUGUUCACUUUUCAUAUUGCUUGUACCUAUCCUCUCAUAUACGGUAUGUCACAGUGUUUGUUUGUUUUUUAAACAACCAUUUCAUGCAAAAGUAAUAAUUUUGUCAAAGCUUGAAGUAGAUUAAGAAUUUCAUCACAGCUAAUAUAACUUAGUGAAGGGAAUUACAGUGUUUGAAGUUGAAGCAUGUCAUAAAGAAGUUUGUGUCAUGUUAACUGCCUAAGGACAAUAUGUAAAAUAAUGGUGCUUCGGCAAGAAAAGGAAUGAAAAAGAAAAAUAUAUUCUAAAAUGAUUUUUAUUUUAUUUUUUGUUUCAUUUGUCAGUUUAGGCCUUUGGGAAUGCCACAUAGCUAUAUUUGAAUAUAUUAUUUCUUUUCUUUUUUUAAAUCCAAAUAAACAUUUUUGUGUGUAGCGGUUAGCGGUUGGGCCCCCCCAACCCUUCUUCCUUAAAUUAAAUCGGACAGCUCUAAUGGGGACAAAUAAAAAUACAUCAGACUGAGAUAUGUUGCCCUCGGGCAUUUUUUGGAUUUUAAUUAAACAUAUUCUUCAUAA